GCAAUCGGGUGGGAUUUUUUUCCUGCCCUUUCCACGCGGUGCGGGGCAACGCGCGGCGUAUUUACUGACGGGAACGAGAACGAUUACCGGCGGCAUUUAUCGUUUCCGAAUCAGAAUUUGACCAGUUAUCGUUCUCAUUUGCUUAAUUACACUGCACGCGGCCGGAUAAAGAUUUUGUUAUAAUAUUUUUUGGAUUGAGCGGCCGCUGUGAAGCGUUGUUGCUGCUUAUAUAUUGGAUAUCCUGUAAAUAUGUCCGCAUUAUCCGCACUAUUCCUCAUAACCCUGGGCCUGACGGCGAGGUCAUGCGUGGGUCAGUUGAACUACGGCUACAACGCCCAGUACAACGACGACAGCUACCUGCAGCCGAGUAUGCGCUACGGCGCCUACAACGCCAACUACAAGCAGCCUAACUACCGCGCCGCCAACGACUACACCCUGGACAGCUACAACCGCGGCCGCUCCGGCGCCGGCUCCUACGCCAACGACCGCUACAACGCGCCGCGCUACGGCUACGACCGCGACAGCAACUACAACUACCGCGACCGCUACGACGACUACAGCGACCGCUACAGCUCGCGCUACAAGAACCGCAACCGCUACGACUACGAUUACACGAUCAAGCCCACCACCUGCAGCGCCACCACCGUCACCGCCUCGCCCUCCUGCGUGACCUCCUCGACGAAGGUCACCGUGUCGUACGUGGGCGCCGUGUGCUUCCAGACGACGACGACCACCAGCAGCGGCAACACCCAGGCGUCGACCGUCUCCAGUAUCGCCGGCACCCGGGGCAGCUGCAGCCCGGUGGAGUACCUGCCCUACACGUCCAAACAGUCCUCCGACACGCCCGGCACCGUGCCCUGCUACACCACCACCCUGGCCAGUACCAUCUACAAAAAGGUCACCUGCACCUUCAGCGUCCAGAUGACGUCCUUCUCCAAUGUGGACACCGCCGGCGCCAUCGCCACCGACAAGACCCGCGAUCCCGUCUUCGCCACCGACAGCACCUGCUACUACAAGGGCGAGCGGCUGCGGACGCUCGGCACCGGCACCGGCGACGACGACUGAGACCGCCGAAUGUGACCGUGCCGUGCAUUACGGUUCUCCUUUGUAUCUAUGUACUGGUUUUAGACGAUCUGCUGUAUUAUGUGAAUGUGACGACUGUUGUAUUGACUGCCUGAAAUCGGCCUGUAAUGAGGUGACGUAAUUGUGUAUACUGCGACCGGAAGACUCGAUGAAAUCCUUAUGUCGUUACCACAAUAUAUUAUUAUUAUUAUUAUUAUUAUUAUUAUUAUUAUAUGUUUGGACAUGUACAUAAUACGGUACCUGUAGCUCCUCUUA